AUGGCGGAGAAGUACCCGGAUACGUUAUGGGAGAUACCACAGCCCAACACCAACAAGAACAAAGAAGCACCAAAAGAGAAACUCAUCGCCCUAACCAUCGACGAUGCUCCCAGCGCCUACACCCUCGACAUCCUACACCUACUCCAAAAAUACAACGCGCGGGCGACAUUCUUCCUCAUCGGGUCACAGAUCCCCGGUCGGGAGGGGAUCUUACACACGCUAGUGAAGAGCGGGAUGGAACUCGGGAACCACGCGAUGCACGACGAGCCAUCUGUGUCCCUGGGGAAGGGGGUGCUGGAGCAGGAGAUGCAGGAGGUGGAGGGGGGGGUGAUUGGGUGGGCGGGGGUGAAUGCGUGGCAUGUGAGGAGUUUGGUUAGGGAGGGGAGUAUUGUCGUGAUGCAUGAUCGGAGGAGUUGGACGGUUGAGGGGUUGAGGAGGGUGUUGCCGGUUUUGAGGGAUAGGGGGUUUAGAGUUGUUGGGUUGGGGGAGGCGAUGGGGAUUGUUGAUGCGGCUAAUGCUGCUGUGUCUGGUGAUUUGAUUGAUUGA